AUGACACCGUUUGAACACAUUAAUCGAAAUUCAACACUUUGCUGUUCGGAAGUAACUCUUCAAGAUCGAUAUAUAUUAGAAUUUCACCAACUUGAGCAUUAUCGUUUAAACCAGAAAGAAUCAGUUAAAAAUAAUGGUGAAUUAAUGAAAUUAAUUCAAAGACUAUUAACAAGUAGAGAAACUGGUAUUUGUAGUCAGGAACAACAUCAAUGCAUACCGAAAACCUUGUCAUUAAUAAGAAAAGCAUGUGAAGAAAUCUUAUGGAAUGCAGCCGAUGUAAAAUUACUGAAUACAUCAUCAUUAAUUACAUCGACACGAUCGCAAUGGCCAUUGGCAAUGAUCAGUUAUUCACACGUUGAUUCGGCAUUUUACAAUAUUACACCUUUAAUACCCGAAUUUGAUUCUGUUGGCGCAUCUGGUGAUUUAGUGCCCUUAACCUAUAUUGCGAGUUUCAUAUAUGGUAUAAAUGGAAGUUUUCAUGUUGAUUUUUAUACUAGAAGAAUGAAUGCUCUUGACGCAUUAAAAGAAAUUGGUUUAACGAAACUUGAUUUACAACCGAAAGGAGGUUUAGCUAUGAUUAAUGACUCAAGACAAUUUGUUGAACGUUUACAUGAAUGUGCACGUACAAUUGAAAUUGAAAUGAAUUCAGUCAAUGAUAAUCCAUUAAUUGGUGCUAAAAAUCAACAAGCUUAUUCUGGCGCUAAUUUCUUUGGUGAACAAUGA